CCUUCUCAAUUGCUUAGAAAACUGCGAGCUUUUGGAGUCCUUGGACAGCAAAACCGCGACUUCCUGGCAAUGGCAUCGACCUGAGGCACAACGUUGCAACUAUGAUGGCCGUAUAUCAUCAAGCGGGGAAGACCGAUACACGAAAGGGUUCAGUCGUCGGACACUAAUCGCCGCCCAUGCAGCUCGACUUUCCAAACUGGCUGGUUUGGGUCAACGCGGCAGCCCUAAUACAAAAUAAUCGGAUGGCAAUGCUGCUCUGCUCGUAGCGAAUUCCUAGUCUUUGGACGCAAGGCGUUCCUGCGGCCAAUUGCAGCAACUCAGAGAGAUGGCGCACCAGGGUCACGAGGAUGAGACGCCUAUGCUGGGGCGCAGCGUGACGUUCACGCGUAGCCACGCUGCCAACCCACGGCCGCCUCCGGGCCAGUAUCAGCCGGCGACCUCCUUUCUUUCCAAAGUUCUGGGGACCAAGGUCGCAGCGACCGGCCGUGUGUCCGAAUCGCUGGACUAUGAGCCCAUUCAAAACAAGCUGUUUUAUGACCGCAUGAAGUCGCGCAAGGAGGGCAAGAAGAAGCUCUAUGGGUACACGGGCCACACGCUGGCGAAGAUGCUCGUGACUGUGUCCACGGGUAUUAUCACCGGCCUGUUUGCGGUCUUCCUGUCAAAGUUCACCGGCGCCAUCACUGAGUGGAAGCUUGGCGUCAUCGAGGACAAGAGCUGGUUCGUGUCUUUCCUGCUCUUCUGGCUGAUUGGAAGCGUUCUGGUGUCCGCCGCGACGGCGCUGGUGCAAUACUGGGCGCCGGCGUCGGCUGGUGCUGGUGUGACGCUGGUCAUGGCGUACCUGAACGGCAACCACGUGCCCAACCUGCUGCGCUUCGAAACGCUCAUCAGCAAGUUCCUUGGCACCGUGUGCGCCGUGUCCGCGGCGCUGCCCAUGGGUCCCGAGGGACCCAUGGUCCACAUCGGCGCCUGCGUGGCCUCCUGCAUCACCUACAUCGAGUGCAAGUGCAUGGACGGCGGCAUCUUCAGCAUCUUUACAAACUGCUUCAGCUGCUUCAGCCGCCGCGGGCACGAUUUCAACCUGAAGGAGAAGAUGAAGAUUCUGGAUGAGAUCGUGUCCGACUCGGACCACCGUGAGUUUGUGUCCGCCGGUGUGUCGGCCGGCAUCAGCGCGGCUUUCGGCGCCCCCGUCGGCGGUGUGCUGUUCAGUAUGGAGGAGGCCUGCUCGUUCUGGUCGCGCAAGACCGCCUGGCGCUGCUUCAUCGCCGCCACGCUGUCCACCUUCACCAUCCAGCUGAUGAACCGCAGCGCGCAGCACGGCAUGAUUGCGUUCACUGGCCUGCGCGCUAUGGAGAACAAGGACUGGCUCAUGCAGCUGCCCUUCCUCAUCAUCAACAGCGGCAUGGCGGGCCUGCUGGGAGCCGCGUUCAACAGCUUCCGCAUGUGGCUGUGGAAGGUCCGUGCCGUGAAGACGCGCCACGUGCUGCGCAUCCUGGAGGUGAUUGGCCUGGUGUUCCUGGUGUCGCUGCUGGGCCACUUCUUCGGCUGGGCGGCGGGCAUGUGCAAGCCCUUCCCCGAGGGCUGGCAGGAGGAGGGCUACGGCCUCAGGUUCAACUGCGAGGAGGGCCAGUACAACGACCUGGCCACCAUGUUCCUGUCCUCCCAGCACCACACCAUCAUCAAGCUCUUCUCCGUGGGCCACGACGACACCGUGGACGUGGAGGAGGACAAGUACACGCCGCCCUUCUCCAUUGGCAGCCUGGCGCUGUUCGCCACCAUCUACCUGGGCCUCAUGUCGGUGGGCGCUGGCCUGGCCAUCCCCGGCGGCCUGUUCAUGCCGUCCAUCCUGCUGGGCGCCAGCUGGGGCUGCUUCUGGGGCCUCAUCCUGCGCCUGUGGUUGCCAGCCUGGAACAUCAUGCCCGGCCUGUACGCCAUCCUGGCGGCCACCGGAGUGCUUGCGGGUGUGUUCAGAUCUGCCAUCUCACUCGUGGUGUUAGUGGUGGAAGGCACGCGCGGUAUCGACUACCUGAUUGGUGUGAUUCUGGCGGUUAUCGUGGCCAACUGGGUCGCCCACCACAUCCACCACGACGGUGUGUACGAGUCCGAGCUGGAGCGCAUUGGUAACGUGUACAUGCUGCGCGACGAGCCGCCGCACCGCCUGUUCACGCUGACGGCGGAGGCAAUCAUGGCCACCGGCGUCGUGGGCUUCAGGACCAUCACGCCCGUGUCCCGCAUCCUGGAGAUGAUGCGCACCACCACCCACAACGGCUUCCCGGUGUUUGCGGACGAGGAGCCCGAGGACGAGGACGGCGGCGGCGGCGGCGGCGAGCUGCCCAGCACCAAGGCGCUGGUGGGCCUGGCGCACAGCAGCAGCGCGGCCGACAUCAGCAACGCCGAGAAGGCGCUGACCAGCGGCCGCCUGGAGGGCGUCAUCCUGCGCAGCCAGCUGCUGGUGCUGCUGCAGCGCCGCCACUUCUGCGACGCGGACGGCCGCCCCAUCGGCCGCGACUACAGCGAGCAGCAGGAGCUGGACCUGGAGACCGAGAUGCGCACCUUCUUCCGCCGCUACUUCACGCACGCGCGCUACAUCAGCGCCACCGCACAGCCGCUGGACGAGCUGAAGCUGGACGGCGUGCACGCCGGCUCCACCACCCUGGACCUGUCCAACCUGUACAUCGACCUGCGCCCCUACAUGAACCGCUCCCCCCUCACAAUCCGCAAGGACUGCUCCGCGGCGCGCGCGCACCAGGUGUUCCUGAACCUGGGCCUGCGCCACCUGCUGGUGGUGGACGCGCACAACCACGUGGUUGGCAUCAUCACGCGCAAGGACCUGGACCACGCCGCCGGGCACGGAUGGUGGCGUAUGAGCCACAUGGCGGAGCCGCCGCAGAACAACAAGUUCAUGAAGCACCUGCGCGGCAUCGGCUCCGUGGGCUUCCUGUCGCGCCUGCUCGGCGGCGGCGCCAGCAGCAGCGCCGUCGCGAGCGCCGGAGAGAACGGCGCGCACGCGGAGAACGGGCACGGCGACCCGGAGCAGGGCCGCAGCGGCCACCACUGAGCCUGAACACCACAUGGCCUGGUAGCACCACAAAGUGAGUGCCCGAGACACGGGCUUGUGUGGAAUUUCGUAGCGACUAAAAACAAGAAAGUGACCGGACCAGUGACGGGCGCGAGCAGAAGGGCUUGAAAUGGAUGGGUGCUGGUCCUGUGCAAAGGGCAGACUGGGUCGGUGCAUGGGCUGCUUCGUGGGAUGUAGGUGCCGGGGGAUAAAGUCUUGGCUGUGGUAGUCGUGAAAAUUACGUGCAUCGUUGCCUGUCUGCUGGAACCAGGGUGUGACCGUGUUUGCCUGGCGAGGGGUGGGAAACCGGCAACGCUUGGCGUGAUUAUCUUGAGGAAGGACUUGCGCGCGUUUAGAACAGCCUGCAGGGCACGUGAUGCUGCAAAGUGCGGGGGCGAGCUGCGUGUGUGCUUUAGUCUUGACCUACCGUAUUUGUGUUCAUACCAGUCCAUGAAUGCUGCCUUCGUAGUCCCGGCUCUUUAGCCGCCAUUGCACCUUGUGUCGGGUAUAAGGGGUGCAAGCGUGGGGUGAAGGUCGUGUCGUGUGAGAGUGCAUGUGAGAGUGCUUAUGAGUAUUAUGAGGAGUAGACGAGACGGGGCGAGCCGAACCCUGCAUGGAUGUGCAAAAACAACGCGAUGGCCCUCGUGGGGUCGCGGCGUCGGACGGUUGCGGCGCGGGAGCGCCGCCGUGAUGAUAAGGAGGUGGCCGAAUGCACGCCGCGUUUUCGAGCCGCGCCAACAUGCAGGCUAACAAGUAGGCGGAGCAGCGAGGCUUUGCGGGAGAGGCAGGGGCCGAGAGCAUGAGCGAAGCGUGGAUUGCGGCUGCUAUGCUAUGUGACCUGGGUGGCGGGGGAGGAGAAAGACGAAUGAAGCGAGGAGGCAGGCCCACGGGAGAGGGCAUGAUGAUUGAUGAUUUUGACUAGGGCUUCACAGGCUCAAUGCUGUUUCAAUCUGAUUUGGCUUGUCAGGAGGGCGCUGGCGAGCAUGGCAGGGGGGAGUGGGGUAUUAGGGCGCGAGUGGGGCAUGGAGGUUGCCAGGGGGAUUGUGUGAGCGCUGUAAAAGUGUUCUCCCAGGAUCCGUUCGGUGCAGGGAUGGGCUGACUGAUUGCGCCGCGGUGGGGCUCUGAACACACAUGCGUAAACACACAUGCGACUGCAUCUGCUCCGUCUGCCACGAAGUAC